CACGAGCGCUCCCUCGACUCCGACUUCCUGCUCAUCAUCCUGCGCGACGCGCUCAAGGCGAACCCCGCGCUGCGCGUCGUGCUCAUGUCCGCGACCCUCGACGCCGCCACCUUCUCCGGCUACUUUGGAGGCGAGACGCCACGAGUCACCACGAGUCGCCCGCCACGAGUCGCCUGA